GCAGCAGCGGCAUAUCAUGUCAUCUGUCAACAAGUGCCAUCCGUGCACUUUCCCCACUUCGCAGAUCAGCUUUUAAUAAACCGACAAUAAGUGGAAAAGUAGUUGUGACUCUGUGUAAGGACAAAUACCCUCGGUGGCUUUACGCACAGCGGCAGAGAUGGCGAAGAGUUCCUCCAGAAAGUCUCUGAAAAGUUUGUUCUCCAGGAGCGAAGCCAACCUGACAGAUUCAGUGGACAAGCACAAGAAUGAGGGAGAGAAGAAGAGGUUCAAGUUCUUAAAGUUCAAGACAAAGCCGAAGAGUGACCCUGCCCCCGUGAAGCCGGCUAAUGAGAGCCAGCAGCUGCACAGUGCUGUUGAGGAUGGAGAAGCGACGUCUGACAACAUCACCUCAGACAACAAGAGAUCUUCUCUCUACGGCACCGCACCCAGGUCAAAGAACAAAGAGUUGAGCUACUCAGAGUUGGACCUGCGAAAGCCAAAAAGGUUUGCGACCUUCUCCUUUGGUUUUAAAAAGAGAAGAAAGAAUGAAGAGGGAAUCUCUAAGAGCGUAUUUGGCCUUCAUCGACCUGACAUUGAAGAGCAAGAGGAGACUCCUUCGGACCUCAGUCAGUUGGAGUCGGAUCAGACCAACAGGAAGUUCAGCAUGUCUCAACCAGAGCUGGACACCUUCGAUACAUUCGACAUCCCUUCUCCUCCCCCUGUGGCCACAAACCAAUCAGAAUCAUAUUUUACUCUCCAAAACCAAUCACAGUCAUCUGGUUCAAGUAUAUUUGACGUACAUAAGGAACCACAGAAAGCACCGAUUGCUACCAUCCCUGAGAUGGAUAAUCUGGGCUCAUUGGAGGAAAAAGAGAACAUUCCUGUUCAUUAUAACUCCGAUCCAUCUGCUCCUAAGACUCUAACAGAAGCCACCUCUGAUGUCGAAAACCAAACUGUACCUAGCCAACCAGCUAGCCAGCCUUCAAGCUCUGAUCACAAAGCUGUCGCUGGUAACCCCACAAGCAAUGAUUUGAGUGACAAUGAUAUUCUGCAGCAGUCUAAUACAACAGAAAUCCCUUUCACCGAAUCCCCCAGAGUUACAGUAUCACAUAAUCAACCUGAAGCCCCUGACAUAGCUUUCACGCAAAAUGGCAAACUCUCGCUAGCAGGUGUUGACUCCAAAAUUGACGCUGCAAUUACCGACUCAAUCCCUGUUCCUCACCCUAAAGACUCAGCUGUAGUCACAGAUUUAACUUCUGUCCACCAAGAAUUCUCAACUUCUGGAUCUGAGAAAUCUACUCCUGAAACUGCCUCGAGUGUAACCACAACUUCAGCUGUUAGUAAGGACAAUAGUUCUCCUGUCAGCGAAUAUGCUGCUUAUGGAGCUUUGUAUGACUCUCUUUUCCCCAAGAGUUUUACCUCUGAGAUAUUGUCCUCCCCCUCAAACCCUCCACCUAAGGUCCAUACUGAGAUUAUUCAUUUUAACACCACAUCAAAGCCUGUCGUGGUUAAAACGCUUAAUGAAUAUCAGACAGAAACUAUUGAUAUUAACCCCAGAUAUCCACAUUCCUCUCUCAGUUCAGGUUCUGCACCAGUUGACAAUGAUACAAUUCCUUACUCAGAGAUGACCCAUCCACGUUCAGAGGUGAAAUCAGACCGUUUUAGCCCUAUUCAAGACAAUGUCAGUUCAGUGCCCGAGGUUGAAAGCUCUGCCCCUCCCAUUUCUGAAUGUGUAACAUCCCAAGCGGCAGGCACUCGGGUUACUGCCUCUGUACAGAGAGUGAUCCCAUUCAAACAGUUAGUCGAGGACGAAGCAAGCACCGAUCCAGUCAGUCCCGUCAGUCCUGUGCCUGAAAAGAUGAGCGCAUCAAAGCGUCUUGAGAUAAGAAUUGAACCAAGGGAGUAUUUUUUUGCUCCUUCUGGACCGACGGAGGGCUCUGAAGGGCCUUUAAGUCCAGCAUACCUGAGCGUGGGAUCAGAUGAAGGCAGUGGUAUGGAGAUCUACUACAGUGCUGAAGAAGACAACGCAGAGGAGAACGGGGGAGAAGAGAUGUACGCGAUGAAGGAAAGGGGAGAAAUGUCAAUGGAAGACGGGGGGAGAGAGACUGAGUUUCCACAGCGAGAGGAGAGUGCAGAAAGAUGGAUAAGAAAGAGAGAUGAGGGAGAAUUUCGGGGGUUGAUUGUUAAAGUGCGAAGUGAAGUAGGCAAAAUAGGCAAUGAAGAAAGGAAAGAGAGAGUCAAUAGCCAAAUUGAAGUGGAGAAAAAAGUAGCAGGUCAGAGGCCACAGGCUCAAGUGCAGGACAUUGAAACGUCUACGUUUCUUGUAGGCAGUGAUGCAAGGAGUCAGGAGGAAGGAGUAGCAGCCACAGUAUGGCCACAGGUGAGAGAAGAGGGGGAGGAGGAAGGAGAGAAGGAGUUACUUGCCACACCGGUUCAGCAGGUGAAAACACUGAUGGUAUGCAACUUUGCUCCACCCUCCACUGAGCUGCAUGGGCAGGGGGAGGGGUCCAGGGGAAACUGGACUGAGGAAUUGGAGAAAAAAGACCACUCUAAUGGGGACAAGCAACUCCUGAGUGAGGUGAUACAGUAUCAGAGUCACAAAGGCAUCAUGAGCUCUGUACAUGCUGAUUCCAGUAUCACAACAGAGGGAGACAUGCUCACACCCAGAUUACGAGAGGCAGGAGAUCUCACUGCGGUGCCACACAAAAUAGUUGAAGUGAGCAAAGAAAGCACAAAAAGCAUCAGUGUCACUACAGCAAGUACAGACAGAGAUACGCCUGCUAGGGUGCAGGUUGUCACAGGUACUUUGACUCGCAGGGCUGAUUUGCAAUCAGAUGCCACGGAGGUUGAACACAAUAGGGUUCUAAAGGGUAGUGAGUGGGUGGAUACAAUUACUCAGAGCACAUACAGAACCAGGACGGUGCAAGAACAGGUGGCAGUCGAGUUGUCACCCCCGAACGCAGACACACAACGUCCUGCUGCAGAGACACAGACAUCAGAGAAAUACAAGCAUCCGGCAGAAGUGCAACCCGACCUGAACCAGGGAUCCCUGACAGUAGCUUCAGGAGUCUUUAAUUUAAAGAAUCAGCUGCCUAAAGCCGAAAAGGAAUCUGUGGGCGAAAUGAGCUCAGGCUACAGCAGCCUGAGCACCAAACUGUCCUUAAAUAGUUCAUCUCUCCCUGAAGAGGAUGAUGCCACACUUAAAUACCGUAAAGUGUCUCUGAUCACUGAAGCCAAUACCACUGAGGAUAGCCAGGACACGGCUACAGAUACAGGCUCAGAGUACAGAUGGAAGAACAAAUUUGACGGGGUUUCUCAGUACACACCGUACACAAAAGAGUCUUCCUCCUAUUCUGACUCUCCGAGUUACAGAAUGUCAAACUCCUACUCCAGUACCUACUCCUCCUCUGAUCUCCCCGAGGCUUCAGCAUACAAACACCUGAGUGCCGCCUCCUCCUCCCUCUCUUCAGAGGAUCGCUAUGGCAGCAGACUGACUGACAGGAGCAGGAUUUAUCGGAGCUAUGAGAGCGAGCCAGCAGAGGCACCAAAGGAUGAGUGGAGGCGGAGUUUAGUGGAGGAGGAGGAGCCUGCUGCACCUGCCAUGGAGAGAGAGGCAGAGUCAGAGAGGAUAAAGUCAGGCUGGGACUCACAGCAGCUGCCUUCGUCUAGCUUCACCUCGACACAACAAUCCACCCAGGACACCGUCGACAGUUUCCAAGACGAAGACGACGACUCAUUCCGUUUUACUGGAGUGUUCAAGGCCACGCUGGUGGAGCUGGUUUCCGAGCCUGCAGCUCGCCCCUCCACUCCCCCUGCCUCCCCCGACCCAGACUCCCCGUACCAGAUUGACAUGGAUAGCCUAGUGGAUACCCUGAAGAACAUGGGACCUUCCUUGAGACCCAGGAACACAGGACUUCGUGGGCCUCCUCCGGUCCUCCUCUCCUCCCUGCCACCGAUCAAUGAGGAUACUCCCACCCCCAUCGCCUUCGACAUGCCUGACUUCAGCAGGAGCCCCACUAAAAAGAUGGAGGCAAUGGGAAACCCUGCAGAGUCAAUCAAAGUAAAUUACACUCUGCCUGCUGAUCUGGGACUGAAGAGGAACAGCCCCAGAGACACUCGCUCACCACUGGAACUACUCAAGCAGAACCAGCAGGAGCAGCAGCCACCUGGAUCCAAGAUGCUGAACUUGCCCCUGAGAGCGUCUGCAACCAACAGUCAAGUAAUGAGAACAUCCUUUGACUCUUCGCCUGAGGAAUUAAAAUCCCCCAUGCUGAAUGGAAAUGGAUUUAAUUCACCUUCCGGCAUUGGCUCCCGCCUAGACAACAGUCUCAUCUUUAAAAACCACAGGUUAUCAUCCAUAGAUCAGACCAUGGAAAACGGAAAGGCCCAUCGCCCGCUCUUCCGCACCGGCUCGCUUCCUGAUACGGGGCUUUCAAACGACCGCAUCAGUAUGGGACACAAGAAGCUCGGUGAACCGGGAACAGAAGUAGGGGGGUCUCGCUUCGAGCGCCUCUCCUUCCUUUUGAACUCCUCGUCGAGCUCCUUGUCCGGGGCCGAAGACCCCAACAGUCGUAUGAGUCGGCCCCCCCUGCUGGGCAUCGGCUCACCCACCUCCAGCAACAGUCCCACCCGCCUCCUCAGCCCCACCGGCUCCAUAGACCUCCAGAGGCCUUACAACACCCCAAACUCCCCCUUAUUCAAGUUCGGCCAGACACAGGGGUUUGGUGCCGGUACUGGAGCACUGGGCAAUCCUAUCCUGCAGAGGAGCUUCAGUAGUGAUGGCGGCAUGGGGGGCUACCAGGCCAGGCAAGAAAUGGAGCCUGAGAUGAAUUUAGUGCCCAAAUACAGGGCCUUCCCUGAUGCCUAUCUCACAAAAGAGAAGGAGCAUGGGAAGCUCAAUCCUCGUCCUGGAAAGUUGUAUAUCUUUGACCGACCUGGAAUGUGCGGGCAGAGGCUCGAGGUGCGCAGUGAUGUCAUCGAUGCUACGCCAUGGGACCUGCAAGAGACCAUCUCCAUCAGGGUCGUCAGAGGAGGAUGGGUGCUGUAUGAGAAGCCUAACUUCAAAGGGGAGAAGAUCGCUCUGGAUGAGGGAGACCUAGAGCUCACCUGCCCCUUCAACCCCCCAGAGGAGGAACUGCAGAACGGGCAGAUAGAGGGUGGAGAACAGAAAGGAGAACAGAACGGAGACCAGAACGGAGAAUCGAGUGAAGAGAAAACUGUGACUAAGCCUGAGAGGAAGUUCAUCAUCGGGUCCAUUCGAAGAGCGGUCAGGGACUACAGCGUCCCAGAAAUCGGUCUUUUCCCAGAGGAGAACGCAGAAGGGAAGAAGGUCACCUUCAGAGACACGUCUGAAGAUGCCAGGAUUUUUGGUUACCCCAUCAAGGCCAACUCUAUCAUCAUUAAUGCUGGGCUAUGGCUGGUGUACGCACAUCCCUUCUUCCAGGGCAUACCACGUGUCCUGGAGGUGGGGGGGUUCCCCAACCCCGCGGCAUGGGGAGUGGAACAGCCCUAUGUGGGAUCACUGCAUCCACUCAAAGUCGGUGAACCUAAAGUGGAAAAUAUAAGUGAACCAAAGAUGGAGUUAUUUGAAAAGCCAUACUUCACUGGGAAAUCGAGGACCAUUAACAUCGACAUGAGGAACUUCAUGACCAGAGAAGACCGGCAGCAGACGGCCUUUAUGCACAACGUGGGCUCUCUUAAAGUCCAGGGAGGAAUCUGGGUGGGCUACGAGAAGGAGGGCUACCGAGGGCGCCAGUACCUGCUGGAGGAGGGGGAGUACCACGACUGGAGGGUGUGGGGGGGCAGCGACGCCGAGAUGCGCUCCGUCAGGGUGAUACGAGCAGACCUAACAGAUCCCAUGAUGGUGAUGUUUGAGCAGCCAGAGGAAGACCAGGAGGGAAUGGCGGAGGACAACACCUUCGAGGUGACGGACGCCAUUGCUGACGUUGAGCUGUUGGAGUACAAACCCUCCACGCGCUCCAUCCAAGUAUUCAGCGGGGCAUGGAUAGCCUAUUCUCAUGUGGACUUCUCUGGUAACCAGUACAUCUUAGAGAAAGGUUUCUAUAACAACUGUGCUGACUGGGGCUCUCAGGACAACCGCAUCUGCUCCGUGCAGCCCAUCCUGAUGGCUCCAACGGACAGCACAAGGACCAGCAAUGAGCUGAUACUGUACUCUGAGGCAGACUUCAAGGGCCAGUGUCACAUCUUUAACCGCAACCAGGAAGAAAUCCCAGAAAAAGUACUGACCAAGUCCUGCAGAGUGUCCGGGGGAAGCUGGGUGCUCUACGAGGAUAAAAAGUACUCUGGGAACAUGUUCGUCUUAUCUGAAGGAGACUACCCCAAUCUGACCAGCAUGGGAUGUCCUCCCGUCUCCUACAUCCGCUCUGCCAAGGUCGUCCCGAUGACAUUCUCCGUCCCCUCCAUCUCUUUGUUUGGCCUGGAGUGUCUGGAGGGCAGAGAGAUCACCAUGGACUCAGAGAUCCACAGCAUGAUGGAAGAGGGCUUCAACAACCACAUCCUGUCUGUCAGAGUCAACAGCGGCUGUUGGGUGAUAUGUCAAUACAGUAACUACAGGGGGCGCCAAUUCCUACUGGAACCAAUUGAGAUCACCAACUGGCUGAAGUUUAGCUCGCUAGAGACUAUUGGCUCAAUGUUCCCAAUCAGACAGAAGCGCCACUUUCUCCGCAUCAAGAACAAAGAGAGGGGUCACUUCCUGUCGGUCCAGGGCGGCGUGGAGGAGCUGAAAUCAGGGCGAGUGGUGGUGACACCAGAGUGUGAGCCCAUGAGCGACGUCUGGUUCUAUCAGGACGGCUUCAUCAAGAGCAAGUUGUCCUCCGUCAUGAGCCUGCAGGUGAUGGGCAACGUGGAGCCGGGAGCCAAGGUGGUCCUGUGGGCAGAGACCCGGCAGCCCAUCCAGAACUGGACCGCCAAGAUGAGAGGCCUCAUCACCAACCUGACUUUCCCUGGCUUCGUCCUGGAUGUCAAAGGUGGCAAAUCUUAUGACAAGGACCAUGUGGUGAUUAUGCCGGAGGAUGAUGAGAGGCCAAGCCAACAGUGGGAGAUAGAGCUGCUAUAAAAAGCUCCCAUCUCCCUUUUCAAACUUUCCUCAGCAGUGCAUCUCUUUACAAACCCAUGAUACCACAGCCUGGGAUCCACUGCCACUGUUUUAUGUGUUCCCACUCCAUGAAUGAUGUCACUUGUAUGAACAUUGUGAGAGUAAAGCAAAGUUUUCUAUUUGUCUUUUUUCUGUCAUUCAAAUUCUCCCAGGCAAAUUAGGAUUUCUGUAUGCAAGGACUUAAAAAAAAGAGAAAGUGCCUUCUCCUGCUGCAGAGGUUCAUCACGAGUUGUAAAGCUGGAAUAAAAUAUAUUUUUGGAGGAUGUACAUACACUGCAUUGACUUUUAUCAAAUCAUAUCACUUUAAUUAAAGUAUUUAACCUAGAAUCUCCCUGUAUGUAUGAUUACUGCUCAUGUAGAUUCUCUGACUGUGGAAGGUUGAUGCUUUGUUAUCCUUUUUUACAAUGAAGCAAACCUAGUUUCCAGUUUAAGACAUUGUUUUCCUGCUGUAAAGAAACAAGGGGCAACCAGUGCUUUAAACAGAUUGUGGAAAAAUGAAGCCAAACAGAUGCAUAGUGUGCAGGAAAUGUAUACUUUGGUUCUUUAACGGUGUUUUAUUUUAUGUAUGUAUGUAUGUAUGUAUGGAUGUUUGUUUGUGGGACAUGUUGCACUCAUGGUGCAGUAUAUCACAUUGAAUUGUGCAGGGCAAGGAGAUGUCAAGUUACCAUGUAUUUGUUGUACUUUUAAAUGUUUAAAUUGUUAUACAUAUAUUUUACUUUGUGUCUGCAUCAGCUGUAUGUUAAUAUACAGUCUAUGGUUAAUAUUUGAUGCUAAAGUUGUGAUGUCAGAUUUUAUGUAAGAGGGAGUGGUUUUGAAAUAUUAAAUAAAAUUAAACCUUGUUUAUUGGAACAAA